AGAGCUUUUUCUUCUGACCUCCGGUGGGAAAGGAGAGCGCCCUCAGCGCUGCACUGCCUGGAACGAUUGUGUUUGGAUACAAGCAGCGUUGGCUAGGCGGAGCUGCUGCCUUCCGCUCUUGCCUUGGAAGAGGCAUCUUUCUACCUCUUGGCAUCUUUGUUUCUAGGGCAUAGGCUCCGUCUCUCAAGAAUGGAAAAAUUCAUUUGAUGCUUCACUGCCAGUACUAUAUUCCUGUUGGAAAGCAGCAACAGUGUGACCUUGUGUAGUUUUGUGUUUUUUUGGGAAGUGAGCAUAAUUUCAGAGUUGGGCUGUGGAUCUUUUGCUUAGUGGCACCAUUGACCAAAGGAAAUGGAGGAAAAGGAACGAUGUGUUAAAUUCUAUCUGACACUCUGAUGUUAUUGCCAUGUAAAUUAUAAAAUAUUUUUCAAGGGGAAACCAAGAGAAAGAAGGGAAUAUAUAAAGACAGUCUCCUGAAAGCAGAGGAAGAAUGAAGAUGGAAGAAAAAUGAUUCAGACCUUUAAGGGUUUCUUAUGCAGUCAUCUAAUAAAGACAAAUGUUAAAGCAGCAGCAGGAUUGCAGCUUGUGAACUGGAGUUGUCUAUAAAAGUGGUCAGUUGCUUUUGUUUGUGUGCGGGCAGAGACGUUUCACAUUUUAUCUCAUCCCAUCUUAAUCUAAUACACUACGAAAAAAUGAGUUGUGUGCCAUGGAAAGGUGACAAAACCAAAUCAGAAUCACCAGAAGCGCCGCAGUUGAUGCCAGUGCAUAUCUAUCAUGAAAAACAACGUAGGGAGUUGUGUGCUCUCCAUGCCCUCAAUAAUGUCUUCCAGGACAGCAAUGCCUUUACACGAGACACGCUACAGGAGAUUUUCCAGAGGUUGUCUCCCAAUACCAUGGUGACCCCACACAAGAAGAACAUGCUGGGAAAUGGGAACUAUGAUGUGAAUGUCAUAAUGGCAGCUCUUCAAACCAAAGGCUAUGAAGCAGUUUGGUGGGAUAAACGUAGGGAUGUUAACGUGAUUGCCCUCUCUAAUGUGAUGGGCUUCAUCAUGAAUUUGCCCUCAAGUCUCUGCUGGGGCCCCUUGAAACUUCCCCUUAAACGGCAACAUUGGAUCUGUGUUCGGGAAGUAGGAGGUUCUUACUACAAUCUUGACUCCAAACUCAAGGUGCCUGAAUGGAUUGGAGGUGAAAGUGAGCUCAGGAAGUUUUUGAGACACCAGCUGCGAGGAAAGAACUGUGAACUUCUCUUGGUAGUGCCUGAGGAUGUAGAGGCACAUCAGAGUUGGAGAGCUGAUGCAUGACCUGCAAACACCUUGUCCUUGCACUACAAUACUGGUCCUUUUCCCUAGCCAACUUCUGUGUCCUGUGAUGUGGAUAAUAAGUGCUCUAACUCCUCUUCCCUGGAACUUGGGAGUUUGGGGGGUAUUUUUUUAUUUUAAGGGUGCAAUAAAAGCACCCACAAGGUAUUGUUGGGGCCAACAUGAAGAACAGACACUGGACACUUACUCGGAGAAGAAAGAAUCAGCUUUAUGCUCCUUAAUUAUAAUGCAUUAAUAUGCUUUAGGAGUGUGGUAUUGGCAUCCCUUCCCCUAGUCCCCCAUUUUCCCAUUCAAUCUUAAAGGACUUUAGGGAGUUUGACACUUUAGGCUGGAGUGUGUCUUUCCUUUGUGGAAAGGCUGAGGCCAAGCAUGCUCCCUCCAUAUCCACACAACUAUUUUGAAGAAACCUGCAAACCAUAUGGGUCUCUCAGGAAACUCCAGAUACACUUAGCAAGAGUAUGGUGCUUGUGGAGUCCUAAUUGUGCCAAGAGUUGGGAGACAUGUAGGGGAAAAAAUGGGACCAUCACUAUGGAAUUCCUCUGGUUUUCUGCUAGCUAAUAUAAAUGUGCCCUUUGUUGGUCUGAGCAUGAAAGAGUAAGCAGCCUUAUAGGAAGAAGAAAGCAAUUGCCUAUUUGAAAAGCUUCUCUUUGGAGGAGAGGGGUGAUGUGACCCAGCUGUGGUCUAAAUUCAUUUUUCCUGUUUGUCUAUCCUGCAGUACAAGGAAACAUUCACUGAGGAAGGAAUAAGACUACGGGAUGCUUCAUGAAAUUAAAAGGAAGGCUGGCUAAAUUUUAGCAACACAAGACUAAGCCUAGGAAAGAGUUCUGAUGGAUGAGCAAGAUUUUUUUAAUUUCCAAGAGAAGUAAUGUGGACUAGGAUCAAAGGGCUAGAUUUCUAUGGCUCCUAUAGUAAGCGGGGUAGAUGUUUCAGAAAAUUGUCGGAAGGCAGGGGGAGGGGUGUUAAAGAAGAUUGUUUACUGGAGGUAGACUGAGCCACAGUCUUCCAUUGUGACUGGCAAGUCAACAGUCCUCUGAAUUAAUCAGCUUCAUGCUGUGCCACCCUCUCCUUACCCCCUUAACCCACCAGGAAACUGAAUUACAGUUUUCGUUGUCAACCCAUGCAGGUGUUGUGUGUAAUACUGUUGUCACAAUCAAUAGAUGAAAUGGAUAAUUUAGGAUGGAUUUAUCACUAUCGACCCUUUGAGUCCGGGUCAGUCUGUUGCAUUUUUCAUUAUUUUUCACCAGCUUCACUUUCAGUAAUAUUGGAGCAGCAGAAAUAGAACCUACAUUUUCUCCAAAGGAAGGCUGAAAUUGACUUUUUCACUUCUAUGGGAGUCUUUGGCCUGCCCUUCCUAUGAGCAGGGUCCAUACCACCUGCUAAUUCAGCAUUCCAAGUACCCACACUCUCCUUUCAGUUUGAUGCUGCAUGUGGUGUCAAGACAGGAAUAUGAUCUUACCUAUUGGCCUUGGGACAACCUGCAGAUAAUAUACUGGAAACCUGAGUGGCUCUUCUCUGCAUGUACUACAGUCCAAGCCCCAAUAUGUCUAUUUUUACAAAGCCCUCUCCUUUCUGGACUACACAUUCCAAUGACCAAAACCAGCCUGCAGAAUUUGUACACACACUUUUCACAAGCAGAAUGUCAGGCUUGCAGUUCUGCUUCUGACCUGAAGCCAUUUUUUUUGAAGAGCAUUAAUUCAACAGGAAAGACUGUUCUGCAUUGAUUAAAUAGCACUUUGGAGAGACCCUGUUUGCAUGGAAGUCAAUGGACCAGUGCACAUUAUGCAAAUUAUCUUUUAAAAACUUAAGGCUAUUUCUCUUCUCUGUAUUUAUGCCAUUGUUCUGUUCCUAGGGAAAGUGGUGUGAUUCAGCUGCUCAGGAAAAGGGAACAUGUGAUCACACGCUCUCCUCUGGAGAAGAGUUAUGGUAACAGAGAAAAGAAAGUAGCUCAGUACCAUUGCUUGGGAAUGGAGAAGCCCAUAAUCAUUUUCUUGCUUGUUUGGUUUUGUCUUGGGUUUGUUUACAGAGAUGUAUUUUGUUUAGCCAAAUAUUAAAAAUGAAAAACCUUCCUCUCGUCACUUUCUCUGUACUGCACUGAAGGGUCCUGUAAUGAUUUUUGUAAAGGAAAAAUAAACAAUGGGAUGACAUCGAA